AUGGAUACCAAUAUGGAAGAUGUCGGGCGAGUACCUGCUGAAUUGGCACCGAUGCCCCCUUCAGAGCCCACGACAAUCCCCACUCUAGAUGGUUGGAUCGAGGGCCUGAUGAACUGCAAACAGCUUGCAGAAUCUGAGGUCCAGAGACUCUGUGAGAAGGCGAGGGAGGUCCUGCAGGACGAGUCUAAUGUUCAGCCGGUGAAAUGCCCGGUGACGGUCUGUGGUGACAUCCACGGUCAAUUUCAUGAUUUGAUGGAACUAUUCAAGAUUGGCGGUCCCAACCCCGAUACCAACUACCUAUUCAUGGGUGACUACGUCGAUCGAGGAUACUACUCCGUCGAGACGGUAACGUUACUAGUUGCCCUUAAGAUCCGAUACCCUCAGCGCAUUACCAUCCUACGCGGUAACCACGAGUCCCGCCAGAUCACCCAAGUGUAUGGUUUCUACGACGAGUGCCUUCGGAAAUACGGUAACGCCAACGUUUGGAAAUUCUUUACCGAUCUUUUCGACUACCUUCCUUUGACUGCCCUUAUCGACAACCAAAUCUUCUGUCUUCACGGUGGUCUCUCGCCUAGUAUUGAUACCCUUGAUAAUAUUAGAGCGCUUGACCGAAUCCAAGAAGUUCCGCAUGAGGGUCCUAUGUGCGACCUGCUUUGGUCUGACCCGGAUGACCGAUGCGGCUGGGGUAUUAGCCCUCGCGGUGCCGGUUAUACCUUUGGGCAGGAUAUUUCAGAGGCAUUCAAUCAUAACAACGGUUUGACUUUGAUCGCCCGAGCCCACCAACUGGUUAUGGAAGGAUAUAAUUGGUCGCAAGAUAGAAAUGUGGUAACCAUCUUUUCUGCACCUAACUACUGCUAUCGAUGUGGUAACCAAGCAGCCAUCAUGGAAAUUGACGAACAUCUGAAGUAUACCUUCUUACAGUUUGACCCGUGCCCACGGGCUGGCGAGCCGAUGGUUUCUCGACGCACACCAGACUACUUCCUCUAA